GAAAAAUAUAGUUUAUUUAAUUUGAGGUGGUGUUCAGAGUUCAGACGAUGGAUUUCAGUGAGGGAGUGGUGUGGAAGAGAAAAGGAGGGAUGGAGAUGGAGAUACACGGUUUGAUUUCGUCGGAAGACACGACCCAGAAGAACAAGAAGAAGAACAAGCUGAAGAACAAGAAAAAGAAAAACAAUAAGAGAAGCGAAGCAAAUGGAUACCGGUUGGUAUCGUUCAAGGAUUUACCAGACUACAUGAAGGAUAACGAGUACAUAUUGGAUUAUUACAGAGCUAAUUGGCCCCUCAAGGAGGCUGCCGCUAGCGUCUUUCGUUGGCACAACGAAACGCUCAAUGUCUGGACGCAUCUACUAGGGUUUCUCCUAUUCUUGGGGUUGACGAUGGUGAAUCUGAUGCAACUCCCACAAGUAGCGGAUCUCCUCGGCCAAUUUACCAGGUCUUUCCCUGUGGCUGCAGCAACAAAUGCUUUUAAUGAUUCCAAAGAUUUCAUCCUGGAAGCAACAAGACUGGUUGAAUUGGAGAUGGUAGAAGCUGAGAUAACACCAACAUCAUCAGUAACCACAGCAGCCCGAUGGCCGUUCUUCGUCUACUUAGCAGGCUCAAUGUUCUGCCUCCUCUGUAGCGGCAUUUGCCACCUCUUCAGUUGCCAUUCACACAGCUUGACUGUCCAAAUGCUGAGAAUGGACUACUUGGGGAUUGCAGUCAUGAUCGUCACCUCCUUCUUCCCUCCCGUCUACUACAUUUUCCAGUGUGCCCCCCUCUGGCAAUUCGUCUACCUCGCUGGGAUCACAAUGCUGGGCAUAUUCACUGUCAUAACACUGUUUUCUCCGUCGCUAUCGUCCGGUAAAUUCCGCUCAUUUCGAGCAUUGCUCUUCAUCGCCAUGGGCUUCUUCGCCAUCAUUCCGGCAACCCAUGCUACGGUUGUCAACUGGUCUGAGCCUCGACGGACCAUAACACUAGUUUAUGAAUCAGUCAUGGCAUUAUCUUACCUCACUGGGGCCUUUUUUUAUGUUAGUCGGAUUCCUGAGAGGUGGCGACCAGGGUGGUUCGACUUGGCCGGCCACAGCCACCAGAUAUUCCAUGUUUUUGUGAUCAUGGGCGCCCUAGCCCACUACGGAGCUGCACUCAUAUUUGUCGAAUGGCGCAACGCUGUAGGGUGUAGUAAGCUGUCUAAGGAAACCUUUACAAACCUUUCAUUCACUGUAUCCGUGUAGUGUCAUAAAGGACUAGCUAUUAAAACUGAUGCAGUGAAUAAACUAGUUGUUGCAUCAGUUCUUAGAGAUGGUUAUUGAAGGUGUGAAUAUGGAUGAUUUGAGAGAAAGAAAUUUAUUGUAUCAUAAUUAAACAGCCAAAUCAAAUUCACAAUGAAUUUGAAAUUGAUUAUGAAGUUAGUUUUGUGUACAAGGA